CUGUUUUCCGCUGCACGAGCACUCGGACAUUUGAAGCUGCACGCGGAUAUUGAUGUGGUGUCGUAUUGGAGCUGUAAACAGGACUAGAAUUCACAGGGAAACAGUCCGUUUACCUUAUGAAGAACAGAUACACAUGGAAAUCAUCAGUUGGGAUGGAGUGAGGAGUUUGCUGUGUGAGAGAUAAACACCUCAUUUCUGGACGGGGAACUGGAGGAACUGGAGACGAUGCAGGUCAUUCGUCUAACUUCCGACUUGUGUCAAAAUGGAACAGUAAUCCGACUGCUCUGCCCUGCGUCCACCGCUGCCUGUGUGAUAGAUUCACCAAGAGCCGCCGCCAACUGGACUUUCAACCCUGAAAACAACUCCACCGUAGCUGGGUCACAGCUCGGUACAGACAAAUGGAGCAGGUCCAACUUCUGGAUUGGCCUGUCGUUAGCCGUGCUCUCAGCUUUUCUGAUUGGAGGGAGUGUCAUCCUGAAAAAAAAGGCCCUGCUUCGAUUGGCAACAAAUGGGCACACCAGGGCAGGAGAAGGAGGCCAUGGGUACCUGAAGGACUGGCUGUGGUGGGGUGGACUUUUAACCAUGGGAGGGGGUGAGGCAGCAAACUUUGCAGCAUACAUGUUUGCUCCAGCAACUGUGGUGACCCCUCUGGGAGCCCUCAGUGUCCUCUUCAGUGCAGUGCUGUCCUCCCACCUCUUUGGGGAGACAAUGAACCUUCUGGGAAAGCUUGGCUGUAUGCUCAGUCUUCUCGGAAGCACCAUAAUGGUGAUACAUGCACCUGAGGAGGAAGCAGUGACAACUCUAAAAGAAAUGUCUUCAAAAUUGCUGGACCCAGGUUUCCUGGUGUUUGCCAGUAUCCUUCUUGUGACCUGUUUGGUGCUUAUCUUCUACUGUUCACCUCGUUUUGGUCAGACCAACAUUUUAAUCUACAUAAGUAUUUGCUCGUUGCUCGGAGCUUUCACCGUUUCUUCAGUAAAAGGUCUAGGCAUCGCCAUCCGCACAGCCAUCUCCGAUCCUUUGGUGUUUCGCCACCCCCUCACCUGGAUCCUUCUACUGACCUUAGUGUCGUCCAUCAUCAUCCAGAUCAACUACCUGAACAAGUCACUGGACACCUUCAACACGCUGCUGGUUUACCCUAUCUACUACGUCUUCUUCACCACUGUGGUUCUGACCACCUCUAUCAUUCUGUUCAAAGAGUGGGAAACCAUGUCGGGCGUGGACGUGGUGGGCACUGUCGGGGGCUUUCUGGUCAUUGUGCUUGGGGUGAGCAUGCUGCAUAUUUUUAAGGACUUGGAGGUGUCUCUGCAGGGCCUGAGGAAUAACCUGUGUCAGCCUCAGGGGCAGCACAGCCUAGCCAAGAGAGAGGACAAGCACAUCCUUAUUGAGAACGUAGACAGCCUGCCACCCAUGAGGGAGGAAGGCCCGAGAGUCUUCAUCAUCAGCUGAGUGAGCGGCACAUCACGUACGCUGUGACUGUAUACUGUGAGAUAACUUUAAUAUAGACUAUUUAAAGGCUUCAUAUUUUUUAUAUGUAUUAUGGUUGUAUUACAUAGUAAAAGCUGUUUAUGAUGAGGCUUUUACUGCCUCUGAGGAUCAGCUGUUAUAAAACAGAAUUUCUGAAUGCAGGUUUUCUUACUGUUUGCAUUAUUUAAUGCAGUCUUUCUAUUUGUUCUUAGAAUAUCUAUAAAACUAAAAUAUUUUUUUAAAUCAUGUUUUUUCUAAGCCUUUGGAUAUUCACAAUCCAAACCCUUUUACUUGUUUUGUUAGUUUAAAACUGAAAGCAAACCUUUUAGAUGCUUGCCACUAAAUACUGGGAAAUACAGUACUGACGUAGUGAAUUCAGUACAAACAUGACAUGUAUUUAAAGUUGGCUGGUUUUAUUUCAAUGCUGUUGUGAUUUACUUGACUGCUGCUUGUAUAUUGUAUAACGUGUAUAUUUUUGUGAUAUUCUCUAGAACUUUGAUAGUUUCUGUGUUUUGUGCAGAAUGUGUACUGUAUCGUUGCUGAAGACAUGAGGCAACAGCCACUGAAACUGCUGAUGCUGAGGAGUGUCAAUGAUGCAGAUACAUCAUAAAACGUUAUUAAACACAACACCAGAGAUGUAUAGCAGUGAAGUAGAAUUACUUCACUUCUUUACCUAUGUAAUAAAAUUCUGUAUGUUUACUUUA